AUGGUCGCCGGGAUCGGCGGCGGAAUUGGCGGCCACUCGGCCGAUCAGCAACAACCCGCGAGGCCAAUCACUGUCGCGGCGGCGGCGGCGGCAGGGGAUGGCGGCGCCGCAGCGUCGUCGCAAGUGACGGAGGCUCCUACCGGCGCGAAAACCGGGGUAGCAGCCGCGGCGGGAGCGGUGACGGGGGGAGGGAAGGCGGUGCGGCGACUGGAGGAGCUGGAAUGGGAGAGCACGUUCGUCGACAAGCUGCCUGGGGAUCCUGUUGAAGAAAAUCACGUUCGCAACGCGUGUUACUCCCACGUGCGACCGUCGCUAAACCUCAAGGAUCCGCAGGUCGUCGCCGCGUCCGACUCCGUGGCUCACCUGAUUGGCCUCGAUCCCAACGAGUUCACGCGUCCUGAAUUUGCAGCAGUCUUCACAGGGGGCAUUGUGCUUCAGGGCUGCAAGCCCUACGCGCAGUGCUACGGGGGGCACCAGUUCGGGUCAUGGGCGGGGCAGCUGGGGGAUGGGCGCGCCAUCACGCUGGGGGAGGUGGUGCUGGGGGAAGCCGCGGAGGGGGGGGGCGCGCAGGGGAAGGGGUGGAGGGAGCGGUGGGAGUUGCAGUUGAAGGGGGUGGGGAAGACGCCGUACAGUAGGCACGCGGAUGGGCGCGCUGUGCUGCGCAGUUCCAUUAGAGAGUACCUCUGUAGCGAGGCCAUGGCCGCCCUGGGUGUGCCUACAACGAGGGCGCUCUCUGUUGUCACCACUGGGGAGAAGGUGCUGCGAGAUAUGUUCUACAAUGGCAACGCCAAGUUCGAGCCCGGAGCUGCUGUGUGUCGUGUGGCACCCUCCUUCAUCAGGUUCGGCUCGUUCCAGCUCCAUGCCUCCCGGGGAGGUUUGGACAAGGAGAUGGUUCGGGUGCUUGCAGACUACACCAUUCUGCACCACUUCCCGCACCUGGCCGACCUCCCCGAGCCUCCGGUGCAGGUCCGGGAGCCAGGCUCGGAGGAGGACGAGGAGGUUGGGGAUCCCGAUGCUGUGGAUGUCACGACAAACAAGUAUGCAGCGUGGUUUGCUGAGGUAGCAAAGCGAACAGGAGAGCUGGUGGCGGGGUGGCAAGCAGUGGGGUUCACACACGGCGUGCUCAACACGGACAACAUGAGCAUCCUCGGCCUCACCAUCGACUACGGGCCCUUUGGCUUCCUCGACUCCUUUGACCCGGAUUUCACUCCCAACACAUCUGACAUGCCCGGGAGGAGAUACUGCUUCCGGCAGCAGCCGGAUAUUGGGCUGUGGAACGUGGUGCAGCUGGCCAAUACGCUCGUGACAGGUGGCAUCAUUGGAGUGGCCGAGGCGCAGCAUGGAGUCUCCAGGUACGCGGAGGCAUUCCUGUCAGCCUACCAGCAGCGCAUGGCAGCCAAGCUGGGUCUGCCCACAUACAACAAGGACCUCACCCAAUCGCUUCUCCAACUCAUGGCCAAACAUGGCGCUGAUUUCACCAACACCUUCCGCUCCCUUGCUCGUGUGCCCGCUGAAAGAGAAGAGUCUGAUGCUGACCUGCUAGCGCCAAUGAGGGGGGCGCUGGGGUUGCAAGAGGGGGCAGGGAAGGAGGGGGAGAAGGAGAGGGAGUGGGUGGACUGGCUUCGUCUCUAUACUGCCAAGCUACGGGCUGAAAAGGUUUCAGAUGCUGCCCGCCGGGCAGCUAUGGAUGCAGUCAACCCGGCCUACAUCCUCCGCAACUACCAGUGCCAGCUGGCGAUCGAGGCAGCUGAACAGGGAGAUUUCAGUGUUACACAGCGGUUACAGGAAGUGUUGCAGAACCCCUAUGAGGAGCAACCAGGGGCGGAGGAAUUUGCCCAGCCCCCUCCCGAGUGGGCACUCAAGCCUGGGUGCGUCAAGCCAGUGGCCUCGAAUCGCGUCCCUCUCCACGUCCUCGUCCUCGUGCUUUGCUUCGCUUUCCUCCCCGCAAUCUCCGCCGCUGAUUCCGGCGCCGUUCCCGUCGCUUCUCUAGUCCGCGGUCCGCAUCGCGACGUGUCCAGGCGCCGAGAGGAAAGCGACCGGCAGCUUCUGCGAAGCUUCGAGGAGCUGUCGGCGGGGACGAUGGCGGCGAGCGGGCGGAACGCGGAGGACAUGCUUCGCGACGCGAUCGACACGGCCAACUCGCAGCGCAAGACCAUCACCGUCCACCUCACGCCGCUUCCGUCUCUCGGGUUCAAUGCGGGGGUUGCGGUGAAGGGCAGCUGCACGGGUUCCGCCAAGUGCGUGAUCGACGGCCGGCACAAGUACUUCGUCUCACCCGUGCCCUUUCUCCUUUCCAUCCUCCACUUAUCCCUUGUCAGGCCGCUCCCGUCUCUCGGGUUCAACGCGGGAGUGGCGGUGAAGGGCAGCUGCGCGGGCUCCGCCAAGUGCGUGAUCGACGGGCGGCACAAGUUCGCCGUGUUUUCCGGCGGCUUCAACUGCUUCAUCUCGCUGGAGCAAGUCACUGUUCGCAACGCCGUUAACGGCGUGCACACCGGCGGGUGCGCCGUCACGGCGCGCCGAGUCACGUUCAUUAAUAACGUCGCGCGCACCACCGGCGGCGGCGCUGUGGUCAAUUCCCGCGCCGCCUCCCCCACUUCCGGCGCGCUGCUCUUCACCUUUUGCGAGUUCGUGAAUAACACCGCCGAGAGCGGCAACGGCGGCGCGAUCAACGUGGGGCAGGAGCCCGUAGGCGGCCCGCGCGUGCAGCUCGCGGGGUGCGCGUUCCGCGGGAACCGCGCGGAGAAGGGCAAGGGGGGCGCGAUUUAUAGCGAGGAUAACGUGUUAUACAUGAACUCGGUCAAAUUCGAGAAGAACUACGCGCUGGUGGGCGGAGGCGCCAUUGCAACAACAGCCAAGGGCCUCACUAUAGUCAAAUCCACUUUCUUUAAGAACGUCGCGGUUCAACCGCCCACAGGACGAAACAACGGCGCCGACAGCGGCGGAGGAGCAAUCCUGGUCUCUUCUCGAGACUCAACCCUCUCCCUCUGCUCCACCUCUAUCGCUGGUAACCGUAACAACAUGCGUGCGCAAGCCGGCGACAUUGCGGUUCGGCAGCUCGCGGCAGGCUCGGGAACAGGCUCGGUGAGCUUCUGCAGCAUGCCCGCGCCUGCGAACGUGGAUCGGGCACCGGGGCUGAAGAUCCGAGCCAACUGCAAGGGCUGCACGGGGUGCGCUAACGACUGUAACGGGCACGGGACGUGUGUUUAUAACGCGGAUUUUACCCCCAGCUGCCAGUGCGUUCGGCGGUGGGACAACGAAACGGCGUGUGCGACGUGCGUGACAGGUUACACGCGGCUGAGUAGCUGCAGGGCGUGUUCGCCGGGGUUCUUCGCGACGGGGAGGAAAAACCAGUGUGCUCCGUGCGCGGCCCUUGACAAGGUGCCUGGUCUACGGGACAACCUGCAGCACAUAACAGGCAUGGUGCGUCUGCCGUCCUACAAGCAGUGCCAGCAGCAGUGCCUCGCCACGCAGGUCCAGCAAGCCGACUACUGCAACCUCUGGGCCUACAUUGCCAACAGCGCCAAGAACGGGGACUGCGGCGGAAAGUGUAUUAUGUUCCACGACCCUGACGAUUGCGGGGUGGGGAAGAUCGUAGCAAAUAAUCAGCUCGGGGUGUGGUACCAGUAUGCGGAGCCCAGCUUUAACGCGUGCAGCUAG